AUGGCAAAGACAAAAGGGGCAAAACAGAAGAUCCAGGCUCCCAAAGGGACCAAGCGCAAGGCUCAGAAAUCCUCCUCGCCACCCCCACGCAAACAGAAGGCCAAAAAGACAGAGCAGGACACGGAGGAGACCAAGCCAGCUCCUAGGCCAAUAGAGGAUGCAAUCGCCCUUCUUACCUCGGAUGAACUGUCGAUAAUUCGUUUUGGACAUGGUUGUCCAUUCAAUAUGUGGGACAGAAAGAACGGCGAAUGGUUGACCAAGGGGAACGAUGAAAUCGGGCGUGAACUCAGAAACGAGAUUGCUAUAAGGCGAUGGGUAAAUUACUUUGGCGUGGAAAAACUCAAAGACGUGAACCAUUUGUCGGACGACCAGAAAAAAAAAAUCAUCAGUAGUCUUGACGGAUGGUGCGUUCAGAUACCCUGGAAAUCCCUGCUGAGCCGUUUCCCCUUCUCCGUCAAAAAGGACUUUACGAAAUACCUAUUGUGUGUUUUGAUAGAGAAGGAUAUCGUUACCAAAAUGUACGACAAUCCAUUUUGGUACCUUGACGGCAAGAAAGGUCAGGACGAUGAAGAAGGAGACGAAACGUUUGGUCCGCGGCUCAAGUACCUGCUGGACAGAUUCAUCGAAGCCGACCCUGGCGAUGCCUCGCUAUUGCGCUCUGACAUUUCUCGUCUGGCAAACGGGAUCCCGCCAUGUCAGGUUCGCUCCGGGGUCUGGGCAAAGCACCACGUCGAGCGCCGCGCACGGCAGGUGGAACAAUGGGCGGCCGACUUCAUAGCCAGCGAGCCGGCGUGCUGGCUCCUGAGACCAGACAGCGGAUUUUCGGAGGAAAAUAGGCACUCGAGACUAACAGAUAUCUACCGCUGGUCAGCCGAGAAAUGGGCUAGGAUUUCGUCCCUCCGUGGGAACUUCGAUUUCUACCAACUGCCCGACUUGGGAAAGACCUUCAACAAAGAGUCUGGAAUGGUGAAGAGAGCCAAUGACCACGUGCCCGCUUUCGGCGAUGAGUCGGUUGAGGGGAUGCGCAUUCUCCUUGUUGUUUGCGGAGGUAUUCGUGUGCAAUGGAGGAAUCCCGAUCAAGGGGAUGAGUUUUUCGUAUGCGCCCAAGCGUCAGUAUUGGCCCAAGAGAGGACUAUGUAUCCUUGA